AUGGAUAAAAUAAAUACUAAUAUAAUUAUUAAUAAUACUAAUAAUUAUAAUAAAGAACUCAUUUGUAACUAUAGUAGUAACAAUAACAGUUCUAGUAAUAACAACUAUAGUAAUAACAAUAAUAACAAUAAUAAUAAUAAUAAUAAUAAUAAUAGCAAUAACAAUAAUAUAAACAAUGAUAUCAAUAACCCAACUGAUUUAUUUCUUAAACUUUGGAGAAACAUUGUAAUCAAAAGGACUAUAAUGUCAACUAUUGAAGCCUAUAAUUCAAAUAAAGAAAGACUCUUUUUCAAAGUGUUUAGAAAUAUCUACCUAAGAUCUAAAAUUAGAAGCCACUUAAUCCUUAGUUCCUAA